AUGGCGAUGUUGAUGGCAGUGUGUGCCACAGCGGUGACGGCGACGGCGAGCAGUGGCGACGACAACGACGGUGGGUUGUUUGCGGCGGGGAGCUUUGCCAUGAACGGACGCGAGGUGCUGCUGAGCUCGUACGCCGGCUCGCCAGUGCUUGUGGUCAACGUGGCGUCCGAAUGCGGACUGACCGAAUACAUGUACACGCGGCUGGUCCGUCUUGCGCGUGCGGCGCCGCAGCUGAGGAUCAUCGGCUUUCCAUCGAACGAGUUUGGCGGGCAGGAGCCGCGGAGCUCAUCCGCGAUUCGUGCAGAGAUGGCGGCGGCGUACCGAGUCACCUUUCCUCUUGCGGACAAGAUCGAGGUCAAUGGGGCACGGGCGCAUCCGGUGUUCAAGUGGCUGGUGGCCGAGUCGGGCGGGGAGGACAUUGCGUGGAACUUUACGGUCUUUCUCGUCAACGGCGACGGGAGACUCGAGGGCCGGCGGCGGUGGCCGGCAUGA